AUGGUCAGCGCUCUUGUCGCGAAGCUGGGGGCCACCUCCAAAGCUCCUCGCGAGUCUGAACCCGCAGCAGCAGCACCUACGCCAAAGCCCGUGAACAGACCGCGUCCCAAUGAAGCCAUCUUCAACAAGCAGUUCGCGACGGCCGGGAAGCGGUUCCUCACCAAGAUCAAGAAGAACCGCGCCAUGCAAGUCGAUCGGCGAACGCGCGGGUUUCAGCAAGGUCUGGACCAACGGACAGUCGUGACCGACCCAUUCACGGGCGAUCACUACCGCGUCAUGCUCGUGGACUCGGAUAUGAUGCGGCGCGAGAACCUCGCGGACGAACUGGAGCAGCGCUUCGAGAUCUUCGUAGCCCCCAGCAACGAGCGAGCGUUCGCGCUGCUCGGUCUCUUCCAAGUGAACUUUGUGCUAUUGCACCUGGACAUUGGCAACGACCAAACUGCAGCGACCAGCCCAGCGCUCGCGUUCCUGCGUGAGAUGAAGCGGAGCUGCUUUCGGGCGCCUGUGGCUGCGCUUGUUGCCCCCGAUUUCAACUCUGAUCACGAGGCGCAGAAGCUGUUAGCGCGCGCACUACAGACCGGUGGAGUGUGCGGAUACUUUAAAGAAGGCCUUGCAACCGAAGUACUGACCGAAAGGAUCACCAAACUCUUACUCUCGCUCUCUGUAGCGCAGAACGAAGUCGCGAAGUGUCGAGGACCUCAACCUCAACUCAACUCUCAGCCCGACAAGAGCAACAAGUCACAGACGUCACCUCCGAGAACACAGCAACAGCAACUGCAACAGGACAAUCAAGCUGCUAGCCAGGCUCGAGUGACUCCACCAAGUUCUGCCGCUGGACCAAGACGACUGCCAACGGCAGAAGUUCCGAGCACUCGACCCAGCUCAGUCCACUUUGAUCGCCCCGGAAUGUUGCUCGAGCUCAGUCUCAACCAACGCAAGCAGUGCCUCCAUCAGCGUGAAAGCAUCGAGGUGACACUAGCGAUUGCUCCACACUCCGUGCUUGGACUCGAUAUCGACUCGAGCCCGGAAUCCCCCAUAAAGAAGAUUCCCCCGCUGCCAUCACCGAAGCAGGUAAGUCAGCUCAUUUACACGCGGCCGCAGGAGCUACAGACACGAAUCGGCCGACAUCUAUACGAACGCUUGCAUAUCGCUGGACCACCCGGCGUGGUGCCCCAAGAUCCGCUACUGAACCACUGCGUAGUGAUCGAUCCACGCGCUCAGGGACGAGAUCUUAUCGUUGGCAAGGCCUAUAUGCUCUACUGCGAACAGCGACUCGAUGAAGCACUACUACACUGUGAUCGUGCACUGCGUACCCCAAAUGCAACACUUGAAAAGCUGGCGCGGCUUCUGCGAGGCGCAGUGUACGAUGCUCGAGGUGAGCAUUCCCGAGCUGAAACCGAGUUCAUCGCUUGUAUCCAGCUUGAUCCAGCCAUGCACGAGGCCCAUUUCAACCUCAGCGUUGCUCGACUCAAGCUUGGGAAAGAUUCUUUGGCACUUCAAGCGCUCACGGAGGCGCUGGCGCUUGACCCACAGAAUGAAAAGUAUCUGCAGAACCGCGGGCUCAUGUAUCGACGCAUGGGCCACUUCUCGCAAGCGCAGAGUGAAUACUACAAGCGCGACAUCGUGCUGCCAACUCGAGGCAAAUUCAGCAAGUGCGAGCUGGAGGACGGAUUCUUCGCUCAUCUGUUUGGCAAGCCCACGCCCGACAAAUUGGCUCUGGCUUGUCCUGCGAGCGAACGCUCGGCCGAAAUGCUCCACGCCAUCGUCGCUCGACUGCAAACGCUGCUGUUCUUCCAGGACUUCCCACGCGAAGUGCUGACCCAAGUGGCUCAAGCUCUGGACUAUGAUGUCGUGGCAUGCGGAAAGAGCUUCGUGCUUGGAGAGAGCCACCCUCACAACUUUUACGUACUGCUAGGAGGCAAGCUCAGUGUCCGCAGACGUGUGGGCACGACGGACUUCGCGUCGGUAGUGACAACGCACCACCUCGGACCCGGUACGGUGUUCGGCUGCGCGGGGUUCACGAUAUCCGCCCACGCCACACUCAUCGCUGACGAAUGCGCCGAGAUCGGCCUCCUUUGGCCUGGGGACUACGCCGCCACAAUCCGCUCCGUGACAUCGCAGACCAACCAGGACGUGUUCGCCUUCCUGCAGCAACUGCGUGGAUUUCGUCUCCUCACCACAGGCGACCUCGGCCACGUCGUGGGCAUAUCGGAGCGGAAGCGAUUCCGUAAGGGCGACGUCUUGCUCGAGCAGAACGAACAGCCUCGCCACCUUAUCGUCCUCUGGAAGGGGAGCUGCUCAGUCUACCAGGACUUCGACAGCCUCCCACUUAGUCGUCGAAAGCUCCGACGCACGGCCAAUUUCGACGGAUGGAACGAACACGACGACGGAGAAGAAGAAGAAGAGGAUUUCAACUCGGAAGGAGAAGAGGACGACGACACGCAGCCGCCAUUCCACCGCCUCAUCGCCAAAGCCGACUGGCCGUUGGGUUUCCAGGCUCGAACUCGGGCGCGGAAAUACCGUCGAGGACGUCGCGACGGGCUGCUGCUGUCUCAAACUCCGCCGGUUGUCGGCUCUCUAGGCGUGAGGUCGUCCCCCGCGAUGAUGUCGCUGCCCAUGCGGCGUCUGAAGGACAAGCUCGCGUCGCACGAGAAGAACGCGCUGGUCCAGAAGUGCGUGGCCCCCGCCGUGUUCGGCGAGUCACGCUUCCUGGACCCGACCCACGCGCCGUCCAAGUGCUGCGUGGUGGCCGAGUCGCUCGUGGAAGUGCUGCUGUUCGACCACAUGCGGCUGCAGGAGAUGGAUCUCAAGCCCGAGGUCGUCAGCGAGCUCGUCGACGCCGCGCCCAAGUACCUGAGCGAGAAGGAGGUCGCCCAGAAGCAGGCGGACGUGGCUACGUGGGACGAGUACAGGAACCUGCGCGUGCUGGAGCUGUCCAAGAAGCGCUGGCCCAAGGCCAAGGCAAGUUGUGCUGCUGCAUUUGACCGGGUGAUGGACGGACUGAUCUAA